AUGGGUCAGAUUUGGCCAGAGAGUUUUCAUUUGCUGACUCCUGCAAUAGAUCAUACAGACAUUAAAAUGAUCAUAAAAGGAUAUUAUGAAAAACUUCAUGCCAAUAAACUUAAAAAUUCAGAUGACAUGGACAAAAACACAAGAGUGUGGUUCACUUCGACUGGAGCAGUAACUGUUGAUCAGCCGUCUCCAGGAGACUGUGGGUCUGAAGCAGUGGCAGGAAAAAUCUGGCCCUUGGACCUGGACGAGGUGGAAGCUCUGGAGGAGGUGGACACGCUGGAGCCGGAGGUGGAUUUGGAGCAGUUCCUGCUCCCGGGUAUCAACCAGAUGCUGGAGGACAUCACGGAGCUCACCCGAAAAGCCGGGAGCAUGUGUCUGAGGACCAGGGGCAAGCUGUGGGAGAUGGACCUUCUGCUCAUCCGGAUAAAAACACAGGUGGAGGCCUCGGAGGAUGGCGCCUUGAAUGGGCGUCCCGGUGGGGAGGCUGACGACAGAGUAUCAGAGUUGUGCGAGAAGGCCAAGAAGAUUGAAAAGGUGGCAGAGAUGUUGGUCGAGCUGGUCUGGCGGAUGGAGAAAAGUGAAGUGUCCUGAAGGAGGGUCUCCAGUUCACUGCUAAUGGACUCUGGUCAACUG